AUGCGGUACUUUUUGGAGAACUACAAGAAAGAAACAGAAGAAUUGAAUAUUUCUUUCGAAAAGGAAUAUGAUGAUGGAGUCAGAGAACUUUUGGAAACUGAAAGAACUUUACAUUCGUACAAAGGAGGUGAUUCAAUUAAGAAAGGUUCUAAAAGGGAUCAUUUCAAGAAGGAUCCGAGAACUACAAAGAGAUGUGCAAAAGCUUUCAAAGGAUCAUUCUGGGUGUUCGGUGGAUAUGAUAUUGAAUUGGCCGACGGAAGAAUUGCAACACUUCAAUGGCAUAAAUUCACGAGAAGCAAUGAGAACUCGACGAUUCCAUUGAGAUGGAUUCAAAAGUAUGAAGACGUCAAUUAUGUGGAAGACAAUGUUGAUCCAGAUGCACUCGAAAACCGGAUUAUAGAACCAGAGAAUGAUGGAGAAGAAGAGAGAGACCAUCACUGGUCUUAUCUCAAAACAUUAUCAAUUUUUGUUUGGUAA